UUAAAAAAAAUUAAAAGAUUUCUCCGGCGUAGAAAUUUUACAGACACUCCUAUCGAUACACUAAGAGCACACUGCAUGUGCUGAUAAAAUUUAGUAAAUUAUUUCUGUCACAUUUGUCUUCAUUCUUCCGCACGCGAAAUUUUCCAUACAAAUGGAUCGCUGAAAUCGCUAAGGAUCCCUGGGGAUCCAAGGGGUCCAGGCGCGAGAUUUCAAAUGACUUUGAACUCAAACCAUGCAUGCGCUGAAAUGAGGACUACGUACAAAAACCGUGCAAAGGCAUUAGGUUGUGUGCGAUCCUGUGUGCGAAGGUGCGAACCACCUUCCAACACAGCGUUUGACCUCUGAAAUUACCGUGAAAGAAACGUGCAUCAACGAAGAAUCUACGAGUGUCAGAGGAUUUUGAGGGUCAGCCUCUCUCGUCACUGUAUUCCAGGCAAGCCCGAACUGCGCAAAGAGUUGACAGGUGGACAGGCGGUUGAAAGGCCACCUUGGACACUAACACGCAGCCCACGAUGCGGCACGUCGGCUGUCCAGUGCACUGCAGUCUUCACGAUGGCGGCGCUGUGGCUGUUUGCGCUUCUUUGCAGUGGCCCCUCCAUCUCCGCGGCCCCAGCCAAGUGGACCAACUCUUUCGCCGGACCGUUCAUCGCUGUUCACGGUCGCCAGUGGAUGGACUGCCCCAGCGGCAGGUCGGAGAAUUUGAUCCGCACGACGAUUCAAGUGUCACAGUUCCGCAACCCCAAGGUCGAAGCGCAGACUACCCUGCAGCGGGUGACGGGCAACAUCACCCUCGACGUGCCCCUCACCAACAAGGGCGUCCUGUACAUGAAGGCCCGCUCCGGAAGCAAGGACAAGUGGACCGACAAUAUGUACACGCUCAAGUUAACCGGUGGCGUGUGCAAGGCGUACAUGGAUCACAUGCCAGACCUCAUGCGGAAAAUAUUCAAGUUGGAACCCGAGGAACAUCGCAAUCCCUCGUGUGUCAUUCCAAAGGGUGUGUACAUAGCAGAGGACACUCCCGUGAACUGGUCUCUCCCCAAGUUGCCAAUCUUUCCGUACGGGACGUGGCGCACCGAAGUUGGCAUCGACAUCGGGACCGAUGUGAAGCCGAGAAACAUCAUGUGCUUUGUGGUCGACGUUAUGACUAUUCCAAAAUUACAAUAAAAAGAAUUGUCAUGA